AUGAAACCUUCUUCUUCUGUUCAAUUGACAGAUUUACCUGAUGAAAUCCUGAUGAUGAUUUUUAAAAAAUUCGACAAUAUUACACUACUUUACUCUUUAUCAGAUGUUAAUAUACGUUUAAAUAAAAUAGUAUAUGAUUUUAUAUUUACGAAUCGUUUGACUUUGCUAAUCUUUGUACCAAUUCGUUUGAUUAAAUUAACAUCUUUGUCAAUUUAUUAUGUUUAUUCAUUGCCUCGUCUAAUACUUGAUCGUUAUUGUUUACAUAUCUUACCUAAAAUACAUGAAAAUGUCACAUGGCUUGAUCUUGAAUCUUCAUCAAUGGAACGUAUUCUUCUUGCAACAAAUUAUCCCAAUUUAUCAGGAAUUGCUUUAUAUAAUAUUCAAUUGGAAUGUGCUAUACAUAUUUUCUCCGGUAAGAUAUUUUCGGUUCUUCUAUUGACAAAUAUAUCAAAUCAAAUUAAAUCAAUUUAUAAAUUCAUUAAUUGGAUAAUUAUCAUUUUAAUAAUCUUAAAGAUUUUUGAAUUUUAUUCAUAUUUAUCAUAUGAAUGAGAAGGAAAAUUA